AUGAGGGCAAACCUGGCCCGGCAUGGCAGGCGACUCCUGGUUCGCCAGGCGAGGACGGCGCCAUCCUGCGCGGUCUACGCGACUCCAGCCCGGAGACGGUCGAUUGCCCCGAGGCCGAGGCUGCGAGCCACCUUUGAGCGCACGUUCCUCAGCAACCUGCUCCAGAAGCCUCCGCGCGAGGUCAGGCAGCCCGAGUACGAGCCGGGAUGGCUGCAGAUCAUGCUCUGGAGGAGCUACAUGCUCGACAACGUCCGGCCGCCGCCGCGGGCCGAGCUGCUCGAGUCGUGGAAGAAGCUGAUGCAGCACAAGUUUAACAGCCGGACGCCUCUCAACAGCACCCAGGCCUUGCAGUGUCGACGAUUGCUGGAGUAUCUCUCGACGCCGAAGCCAAAGCAGUCAAUCAGACUGUUGACGCACGCCGACCUAUCGUUCGCGAGACAGGCUCUGCUUCAAGUUGAACCAAUCGAACGAUCACAGCACCAUCUUGAUUUUGCAAAGUCGCUCUAUUCCGUAUGGAUGUCGCUGGAGCCUCCCAAGACCCCGAAGGCUGUGGAAUUGCAGUGGACUUAUCUUGUCAAGGCCAUGGCACUAUAUGGCGCAUCUCGCGAGGCAGCCAAGAUGCUCUACGAGAAAUGGGACCAACCGGAUUACGCCGUCUAUCUGACCCAAGAAGACCAGCUACUAGAAACCGUUGCCCGCGGCCUGUCAAGAGAGGGAUGCGAGGCCGAAUUGGUGGAGUUGAUAAAAUACGCCGAGGAUCAUCAAGUACCUUACGAUAAGGGACUGCAGGCCGUCAUGGUCGAAUUCUUUGCCCAGCGAAAUCGCGUCGCCGAGACUAAGGACUGGUUCAACAAGCCUAUCGCCGACAAGCUCCCACGGCCCUCGGUUUACCGCACCAUCGCGUGGUUUGCUAUGCGCAACAACCUUCAGGAAUGGGCGACCUCGCUCUUCCUCGAACUGGGAGAGUUGCAACCAAGGCAGAAACACUGGAACGUGAUCCUCGAGGCGAUCCUGAUCCUCGGAAAGAGCCUUGCCGAGGUGGAUGUCAUGAUGUCGCACAUGGUCCACGGCAAACUCCAGCUGUCGCCAGAUACUCGAACCAUCAAUGGUCUUCUCAGGGUGGCCGCCCAACAGCGAGAUGUGGCCCUGGGUGAAGACAUUCUUGCGCUCGCGGCUAAACGAGGUCUUGCCCCAGACGGAGAGACGCACCUGAUUCUGUUCUUUCUGCGAAUUGCAUCAAACAACCUGGUGGAGGCACGCGAGGCAUACAAACAGGUCAGGCAUAUGCAGCCUUGGACACUCGAGACCAAACAGCAUCUCUUUGGCGAAUUCAGCAGAGCAGUCAAUGAAUACCUGGUGGCGCUGACUGCUCAACAACAGCCUGAUUUCAAGCUGAUAUCAUCAUUACUGGAAGCAGUGGAAGAAGAUCAGAUGAGGCUCGAGCCUGCCACGGUAGCGGCACUCUGCCUGAGAUUCCUGGAAAACGACCAGCAUUUCGAUGUCAUGGACAUUUUGUCAAUACAUUCCUUCUUGUACAGCGAAGCCGAGCGAGAGAUUGUCCAGAGCGCAUUCGUCUCGUUCUGCCUGGACCCCAGCACGAGCACGAAUCGAGCAUGGGGCGCGUACCAGCUCCUUCAGCAGUUCUUCCAGGACACCAGCUUCGAACGGCGGGUCGAAUUGAUGAACGGUUUCUUCCGCAGAAAGCGACCCGACAUGGCCUCACAUGUCUUUGGACACAUGCGCGCACACCGAAACAAGUCGUACCACCCCACGGCAGAGACUUACAUCGCCUGCUUGGAAGGGCUUGCCCGAUAUCCCGAUCCUGAAGGACUGGACAUGGUGCAUAACAUGUUGAAGAUGGACACCACGCUACAGCCAUCUACGAAAUUAUACACGGCUCUGAUGCUGGCAUACACGGGUUGCGGCCAGCCCCUGAUAGCGCUGGACUGCUGGUCCCAAAUCACCCAAUCGAGGGAGGGGCCAUCGUACAAGACGCUGGAGGCGAUAUUCUGGACAUUGGAGAAGAAGACGGGCGGGCACAACCAAGCCCGAGAGAUCUGGGACAGGAUGGAGCGGAUGGAUCUGGAGAUCCCGCCCGGCGUGUACAAUGCGUACAUUGGUGCCAUCGCCGGGAGCGGCAACGAGAAAGAGGUCCGGGCUCUGAUACUGAAGAUGGCGAGCGUCGUAGGGUCAGAGCCAGAUGCCAUGACACUCGGCAUUGCGUACAAUGCACUGCCCGGACAGCUGCUUCAGCAGGGGUUCCAAGAGUGGGCAAAGGGGCGAUUCCCCGACGUUUGGGCAGAGCUGAUGAAGGUAGGGCGGCGCAUGGACGAGUACUCGCUGUGUCAGUUCAAGAUAGAGCGGCCCUUGAAGGCUUAA